CGGCAACAAGCCUAACCAACCGCUGUGAUGAACUCAGCACUUCCUCCCUUCACCUGACGAAGGGCACCUGGCACACGUGCUUUCUGUAUCUCAACGCAAGACGGCUUUUGGAGCGGAUGAUGCCUGAAGAAGGCCAAGAGGUUCCUCCGGAGAGUCGGCAAGGUGGCUGUGCUACUGGCUUCUUACACUAACCGGAUGCCGGGAGGUUCGAGAAGUGCAGAAAAAACGAGCGACACGUCUGCCCCUAAAGCGUCCAUGUGACUAUCAUUUAACCGGGAGGGGCAUUACAGGUACGAAGCGAAGGGACCUAGAUCACCGGAUCUUGUACAAAAUCCAAAACGCACGCGACUUCGCAAUAGAAAACUGGGAACGCAGAGACACGCGCGCCGACCGCGGGACCCGGGCAUUGCCCCGCCGCCCCCUCCGGUUACGCGGGGUGCUUAGGCUGGAGCAGGGAACGCCAAAGAGCCGGGCCCCGGGCGAAGGCGGCAGCUCGGCCGCGCUGCCUCCCAGCUGCUGGUCCCCGAGAGCCCCAGGCGUUAGUGGGACCGGCACUUGGUGAACUGGGAACCCGCGGCCAGCCCGCCCCCGGGGACCUCAGCUUUUUCAGGCUGUUCUGAGGCCGGAGGGACUAAGAUGGUGUCCCCUGAGGUUCCUUCCUGAGGAAUUCGCCCCGACAGCCCCUUGUCCCAGACAAGAACUAAGCAGGCGUGGCCAGAAGUUUCGAGUUCCAAGAGGCAAGGUACACCCAAGACCGCGCGGGAUCAGAUUAAUGCUUGAGAAGAGAACGCAGAAAGCGCGAGGAGGCGGGGCUGGCGCUGGGUCACCAUCUCGCGACGUCUCAGUGACGUCGCACAGCAAGCGCGUGUUCUACUCUUUCACCUUCAGUCAGCCUCCCUAGUAUGCGAGCCUACCCCUUUAAGCGAAUGACGGACAGUUAUUUCAGCCUAUCAACUUCCUGGUCAACAUCCAAUCAGAUUUAAACUUCUUUCAGCCGCCCGAGGAGUUGGAAGAACGGGUCGAGAAAGGGAGCGCUUUCUCUCUCGCGAGAACGCUGUAAGCGGGCCUCUCAGAAAAAACGCCAGAACAGAUGGCCCGACUUCUCAAAUAGUGAGUUAAAGGACGGAGUCCCAAACCAAUGAAAGGAAUGAGGAGGUGGGAUCACUGCUUUUACCGCGCUAGAAGUACCGUUACAGGGCAGACUUUUUGUCCAAUCAACACCUUCAGAGUUUGGGUCAGAUGACCCUAGAGUGCGAGGGGCGGAGCCACGGCCUGGCGCGAGGAACCGUUAAGAUGGACAACAAAUAUAACCAAUGAAGUACUCAGACUAAAGCGUUGGGAACCCAAUAACAGUGGUUGGGCGGGCGCCUUUCCGGAGCGCGGGGAGAUGUAAAGACAGACAAAUCGUCUUCCCAAUGAGACUGUAGAAGAGAGGAGCUAAUUGACCAAUGAGGAGUGCGGGGCGGGAUCCUUUGCCGCGGCGGAGUCCAAGAUGGCGGCGUGCGGUUCCGCUGUGUGAAACGAGCGCGGGCCGGCGGGUUAAUCAUCUCCGCGGAGACGACCUCCGACGACCCGCAACAAUGAAGGGAAAAGAGCGCUCUCCAGUCAAGACCAAACGCUCCCGUGGAGGUGAGGACUCGACUUCCCGCGGGGAGCGGAGCAAGAAGUUAGGGGGCUCUGGUGGCAGCAAUGGGAGUAGCAGCGGAAAGACCGACAGCGGCGGCGGGUCGCGGCGCAGCCUUCAUCUGGACAAGUCCAGCAGCCGAGGUGGCAGCCGCGAGUAUGACACUGGCGGGGGCAGCUCCAGUAGCCGCUUGCAUAGUUACAGCUCCCCAAGCACCAAAAAUUCCUCGGGCGGGGGCGAGUCGCGCAGCAGCUCCCGGGGUGGAGGCGGGGAGUCACGUUCCUCUGGGGCCGCCUCCUCAGCUCCUGGCGGCGGGGACGGCGGGGAAUACAAGACAUUGAAGAUCAGCGAGUUGGGGUCCCAGCUGAGUGACGAAGCGGUGGAGGACGGACUGUUUCACGAGUUCAAACGCUUCGGUGAUGUAAGUGUCAAAAUCAGUCAUCUCUCGGGUUCUGGCAGCGGGGAUGAGCGAGUAGCUUUUGUGAACUUCCGGCGGCCAGAGGACGCGCGGGCGGCCAAGCAUGCCCGAGGCCGCCUAGUGCUCUAUGACCGGCCCCUGAAGAUAGAAGCUGUGUAUGUGAGCCGGCGCCGCAGCCGCUCGCCUUUAGACAAAGAUACUUAUCCUCCGUCAGCCAGCGUGGUCGGGGCCUCGGUAGGUGGACACCGGCAUCCCCCUGGAGGAGGUGGAGGCCAGAGAUCACUUUCCCCUGGUGGCGCAGCCUUGGGAUACAGAGACUACCGGUUGCAGCAGUUGGCUCUUGGCCGUCUGCCCCCACCACCCCCGCCACCAUUGCCCCGUGAGCUGGAGAGAGAGCGAGACUACCCAUUCUAUGAGAGAGUGCGCCCCGCAUACAGUCUUGAGCCAAGGGUGGGAGCUGGAGCAGGUGCUGCUCCUUUCCGAGAAGUAGAUGAGAUCUCUCCCGAGGAUGAUCAGCGAGCUAACCGGACGCUUUUCUUGGGCAACCUAGACAUCACUGUGACAGAGAGUGAUCUAAGAAGGGCUUUUGACCGCUUUGGAGUCAUCACUGAGGUAGACAUCAAGAGGCCUUCUCGGGGCCAGACCAGUACCUAUGGCUUUCUCAAAUUUGAGAACCUAGACAUGUCUCACCGGGCCAAACUGGCAAUGUCUGGCAAAAUUAUUAUUCGGAAUCCUAUCAAAAUUGGUUAUGGUAAAGCUACACCCACCACCCGCCUCUGGGUAGGUGGUCUGGGACCUUGGGUGCCUCUCGCUGCCCUGGCACGAGAGUUUGACCGAUUUGGCACCAUUCGCACUAUAGACUACCGCAAAGGUGAUAGUUGGGCAUAUAUCCAAUAUGAAAGCCUCGAUGCAGCUCAUGCUGCCUGGACCCAUAUGCGUGGCUUCCCACUUGGUGGCCCAGAUCGUCGCCUUAGAGUAGACUUUGCAGAUACGGAACAUCGUUACCAGCAGCAAUAUCUGCAGCCUCUGCCCUUAACUCAUUAUGAAUUGGUGACAGAUGCUUUUGGACAUCGAGCACCUGACCCUUUGAGGGGUGCUCGGGAUAGGACACCACCCUUACUAUACAGAGAUCGUGACAGAGAUCUUUAUCCUGACUCUGACUGGGUGCCACCCCCACCCCCAGUCCGUGAACGCAGCACUCGGACUGCAGCUACUGCUGUGCCUGCUUAUGAGCCACUGGAUAGCCUGGAUCGCAGGCGAGAUGGCUGGUCUUUGGACCGGGACAGAGGCGAGCGAGAUCUUCCCAGCAGCAGAGACCAGCCUAGGAAGCGAAGGCCGCCUGAGGAGAGUGGGGGCCGGCACCUGGAUAGGUCUCCUGAGAGUGACCGUCCCCGAAAACGUCACUGUGCUCUUUCUCCCGACCGCAGCCCAGAAUUGAGCAGUAGCCGGGAUCGCUACAACAGUGACAAUGAUCGAUCUUCCCGUCUUCUUAUCUUGGAAAGGCCCUCUCCAGUCAGAGACAGACGAGGUAGUUUGGAGAAGAGCCAGGGUGACAAGCGAGACCGUAAAAACUCUGCAUCAGCUGAACGGGAUAGGAAGCACCGGACAGCGGCUCCCAUUGAGGGAAAAAGCCCUCUGAAAAAAGAAGACCGGUCUGAUGGGAGUGCACCCAGCACCAGCACUGUUUCCUCAAAGCUAAAGUCCCCCUCCCAGAAACAGGAUGGUGGGACAGCCCCAACAGCUGCAGCCUCUCCCAAACUCUGUUUGGCCUGGCAGGGCAUGCUUCUGUUGAAGAACAGCAACUUUCCUUCCAACAUGCAUCUGUUGCAGGGUGACCUCCAAGUGGCUAGUAGUCUUCUUGUGGAGGGCGCAACGGGAGGCAAAGUAGCCCAGCUCAAGAUCACUCAGCGUCUUCGUUUGGACCAGCCCAAGUUGGAUGAAGUAACUCGACGCAUCAAAGUGGCAGGGCCCAAUGGUUAUGCCAUUCUUCUGGCUGUGCCUGGAAGUUCUGACAGCAGGUCCUCCUCUUCCUCAGCCACAUCAGACACUGCCACCUCUACUCAGAGGCCACUUAGGAACCUUGUGUCCUAUUUAAAGCAAAAGCAGGCCGCUGGGGUGAUAAGCCUCCCUGUGGGGGGCAACAAAGACAAGGAAAACACCGGGGUCCUACAUGCUUUCCCACCCUGUGAGUUCUCCCAGCAGUUCCUGGAUUCCCCUGCCAAGGCACUGGCCAAAUCUGAAGAAGAUUACCUGGUCAUGAUCAUUGUCCGUGCAAAACUGGUGAACUGCGGAUUGAAGAUAUGGAAUUCAAAGCUCUAAUGGACCUUUUUGAAGAGAAGUUGUGGCUUAUGUGGAGUUUACAUGGGCCUCUUGAUGGAAGAAAGCUAAUCUGUUUAGUAUUUGUGCAUUUUACUAAAAUGGCAGCUUAAAGUUGUGUAUCUGCUAUUGUGAUGCCAAUGCCGGUGUUUUAAGUGGAAAAAAAAUGACCUCUUGCUUUGUGCUGUGUACACAAGAUUUCUGGAAAAGUAAAGAAAAACCCUUUUUAUGGCUCACACAGCUUAAAAGUAGCUGUCACUCAAACGUGCGCUCACAGUUGAGCUGCUUUUGUUUUAUUCUAAAUAAAUUGUUUCUUUUGAGGAAAA